CCCACAAUGGCUGCCACAGUUGGACGCUAGCUCUGCAUGAUUCAGCUUGUCCGUCACACUGUCUCACACAUGAAGGCAGCUGCAUACUACGUAUUUAAGCGGCUAAACUUGUCUACCUGAAGCUAUUAGACACACCGCCAACAGAGCCUGAGUAGGCUUCGUGGGCGUGCUUGCCAAGACAGGGAAGAUCACCUCCAAUGCUCUGCCGCGGGUCAAACAAAGGGGCACUUGUUUUUGAACUCGUUGUUUGGCGGAGGUCUCGUUGAUUGCAUGAGGGUGCACAACCAUUAUGCUAGGCUGGUCCACCCUUCCGCUCAUGGAGUGACGCGAGAGCCCUAUAAUCGGGCACCGAACCGCGGCCCAGGAUGGUUCAGGACCUCUGGACGGCUGCCCGCAGCGGCACCGUCUCAGAUGUGAGGUCAGCGCUGACAGGGGUGGUGAGGGGCAGUGGCAGCAACGGGAUUGACGCCAGGAAUGUCUUUGGUGUGAACGCACUCCAUCUUGCCGUGUGGCACAACCACCUGCCGAUUGUGCGCGCCCUGCUCGAGGCGGGGGCUGACCCAGAUGCGAGGGACGGCGAGUCUGGCUGGAGCAGUCUCCACCGUGCGCUUCACUUUGGUCACUUGGCAGUGGCUGCAGCGCUCGUGGAUGGGGGGGCGUCGCUCCAGCUUGAGGACUCCAAGAAGCGUACCCCCCUGGAUUUGAUAUCGGGCGACGUCAAGCAGACGUGCGCCGGUGAAACUUGCACCGAGGUUUACGCCUGGGGCAGCGGGACCAACUACCAGCUCGGAACUCGCACCGCCGGCAUUCAGCGGGUGCCGGUGCGGUUAGACCAUUUGCAAGGCCUCGAGAUUUCCACCGUCUCGGCCGCAAAGUUCCACAGCGCGGCGGUAACUAGAGACGGGGAGCUCCUCACGUGGGGGUUUGGGCGGGGGGGCCGGCUGGGCCAUCCAGACUUUCAUAUCCACAGUGGGCAGGUGGCCGUUAUCACCCCGCGCCAGGUCAUCACCGGACUGGGGGGCAAGCAGGUUCGGGCGGUUGCGGCUGCUAAGCACCACACGGUGAUCGCUACCGAAGGCGGCGAGGUCUAUACGUGGGGAUCGAACAGAGAUGGUCGGCUGGGUUACACGUCCGUCGAUUCGCAGCCCACCCCACGCCGCAUCUCGUCUUUCCGCCUGCGCGCCGUCGCGGUUGCCGCAUCCAACAAGCACAGUGCGGUGCUAAGCAAAGAAGGGGAGGUCUUCACGUGGGGCUGCAACGGCGAGGGUCAGCUGGGCUACGGAACGAGCAACUCGGCCGCGAAUUCGGUGCCACGGUGCGUGGAGGCGAUGAAGGGGAAGCAGCUGGUGGCGGUCUCGGUUGCCAAGUACCAUACGGUUGUACUGAGUGCGGAUGGGGAGGUGUUCACGUGGGGCCACAAGCUGGUGAUGCCCCGGCGCGUGAACGUGGCUCGGGACACGCGCAAAGGCGGCCCAGCGCCACUCAAGUUCCACCGAGCGGAGCGGCUGCACGUGGUAGCGGUUGCGGCUGGGGGGGUCCAUAGCACGGUCAUCUCGCAAGAGGGGCUGGUGUUCUACUGGGAGUCGUCGGAUGUGCAACUUCGGUGCCGUCAGCUCAAGGCGCUGGCGGCACACCACGCCGUUUCCAUCUCGGCCGGCAAGCACCGCACGGCCGUCGUCACUUCCUUGGGUACCGUUUUCGCAUGGGACGGCGCCCGCGACCAAAAGCCAGAGCCGCUGCGCAUCCCAAAUCUCAAGCAGACGACCCAGAUUGCAGUGGGGGAGAGCCACUCAGUGGCGGUGGCCACUCUCUGGAUCCCCCCCUUUCCGAUUCGAACGGCGCCGCAGCAGACGGUUGCGCAACUAGAGGGGGCGGGUAUGCAGCGGGACGGCGACGACAGCGACGAGGAAGUAGAGCGGCCGGCGAAUGUCGCGGGCGGCGAGGCAGCGGAGGCGCGCGGGAGUUUGAAGGAGCUGUGCGAGCGCGAGAUCGCGAGGGCGAUCGUUGAGGCGAAGAACGUGCUACAGAUGACAGAGCUAGCGGACGCGUUAGAAGCCGAUGAACUAAAGGCGUUUUGCCAGGCGAUGGUUCUGCGCAACUUGGAUUACGUUCUGAUGGUGACCCCCCCGGGGAUGCUCGCGCAGAUCAGGCCGUCCGUUUUGGCGGAGCUGGAGGGCCUGAUGGGCUGCCACGUGGCGCAGGGCGGUUGGGUGCCGAGACCGCUGCCCUGCGCGACAGCGUCGGGGAAUGAACCGAUUCUAGAGGAGGAGGAGGGGGGGAGCGAGAAGGCGCGUGAAAGUAGAAACGGGUCGGGGGAAAAGGAGGAGAAGGUGGUGAUGGAUUUGGGUCGUGCGGUGGGUCUUGGGCUGGGGCGGUUCCUGCAGCAGAAGGACGAACUAGGGGCGGUGAAAAGAAUUCGCGCGCUGAGGAAGAAACUGCAGCAGAUCGAGGCGUUGGAGGCGCGGCGAGGGGAAGGGAUUGCGCUCGAUUCUCAACAGCGAGCGAAGCUGCGCAGUAAAGAGGACAUUGUGGCGGCGGUUGAAGCGUUGGAAGAAGGGAGAGAACCACCGCCUCCGAAAGAGGCGAAGCUGUCAGCUGAGGAGUGGAAGGUCGUCGGAUUCUCGCCGGAGAGGGGGGAUGAGAACGAAGAAAUGGAGAGGGGAAAGAAGGGGAAGAGUAAGGCGAAGAGGGGGGGUAAAGCGGGGAAGAGUGUGCGGGGGGGUAGGGCCGUGGGUGAAGAAAACCCCCUGCUGAAGAAGAGCGCGAGCGAAACGAGUCUCGGCGCGCUUGAGGCGGCGUCACCCCCUCCCAGAAUGGAGUCGGAAACAACGAGCGUUCUGGAGAGCUUGGAUCUGCCGAAGAGCCCCGUCAAAGUGUCCGAAGGGUUUGUUCUUCCAGGGGUCCCCGCACAUACCUCCUCUGCACCUAAUCUUCUCCCCCCCAGUCCGUUAGAAACCCCUCGCAGCACGCUGGACCCCAGCCCGGGGGGGCCGAAGACCAGCCUCAACCUCCCCCCCACUCCGAACAGCUGGAGUCCCGCCACUCCCCCAAACCCUGCGUUUCCAGCGAACCCCAAAACGCCCAAGCCUAAAAAGAGCGCCAAGCGGGGGGGUCUCUCGAUGUUUCUGAGUGGGGCGUUGGAGGCUGUGGCCGCCGCUCCUACUCCCCCCCCCCCUUCCGACCCCCCCCGAAACAGGACGGCCCUGCCUGGGGGGGCGUGCGUGUGUCUCCAGGACCCCCCCGCAGCACGUCGCUUCGAGAGAUCCAGAAUCAGCAAGGAUUCACACCGACAGCCAUUUCCUGGUCUGGACCGCUCGGUGUGA